AAUGAAUGGUGCAGUAGGCUGCGAGCGAAUUAGCGAAUCUGGUUUUUUAAUUUAUUUCUUGUACUAAUUUAAUGAUUGAUUUUAUUUAAGUUGUUCGUUUUAGGUCAUCGUAAAUAAGGGAAUAGGCGUAUUACAUGUCUCGAAUCCUGAGAAUGCUUUCUCUUCGUACGGUGGUGAAAGUGCUCGAACAAGCUGCGAUUUCUGGCUCUGAAACAAAUCAUCUGCAAAUACGCAAUCUUGCAUCCAGUGUCUCCAACAUUGUGCGACCAGUGGCUAUUCGUAACACUAGUCGCAAGAAAAACGAACCAAUCAACUUUGACGACUUGGACGUGGAGAAAGUACGCAAGGAUUUUCAUAAAGAGUUGAAAAAUGAAUUUGCAGUUCGAGGCGAUAUUGGGGAAACGGAUUUGGAUGUACUUAAUAAUGAUAGUUUUGACGAUAUGCAACGAGAAUAUGCAGAGCUUCGAUCGCAAUUUAGAAAAAAUAAAAUGUACAGGAAACAUUUUAAAAAGGUUAUGGACGAGAAGGAAAUUAGCGUUUUAACAUAUGCCGAGAAAGAGAAGAUUCGCUACCUCCAUUCCACAAAUCCAGAAGAAUGGACUCCUGAUGCACUUUCUUUAUCUUUUCCUAUCUCACCCAAUGGAGUCUCAAAACUAGUCAAAUCGAGUUAUAGGGCAAGGUCAAUGCAAGAUAUCCAAGCCCAUGAUAAGCUCGUGGCUGAAAGGAUUGAAAGUAUUAAACGCGGAGAGAUCGAUAUGACUCCAGAUUUACAAGAGAAAAUGAAGAUAAGGGAUAAGAUACCAUUACAUGUAGGCCUUGUUGAUCAAUAUGACAAAACCAUGCUUCUGAAGAUGGAACCUGUAAAAUUUAUCGGAGAAUUUCAACGAUUGGUUUCAUCCCCUCCAAAGCCAGACUCGGAAACUAAUUCAGUUUCAUUGUUAUCUUCCGAACGUGUCCGUUCCUCGUCGUUAAUGCGUCAUCAGCAGGGAAGCAAAACGGAACCCGAUUUGGGAGACUUUUAUUAUCUGGAAGGCACCCCUAAAACUAAUGAAGAGUUAAGAAAAAUGAAAGUGUCUUUAAACAGAUAUAUGACGUUUACUGAAUUCAAAUCAAAAAUGAAAUUGGAGGGAGGUGCCAAAUCAAGAAAUCAAGAAAUUCAGCAUCUUGCAACUUUGGAUGACAAUUCAACCGAACCAACGCCCACAAGUCUUUCAGAGUUUGAACAAGAUGAAGGUAACGAGGCUGAUAGUAGCAAUCGUGCGCCCAUUCAUAAAUUCAAGCAAAGACACAACGAAAGCGUUCCAGAAAACAGCAACAAUCGAACUGGACCAAGUGAAUGGAAUAAUAUUAGAAGCCGUGACCAUCAGUUCGAGGAUAGAAUAAAUGUUCCCAUCGGAAGCAAACAAGAUAUUUACCAGAAAGGAAAUUCUUUUUAUGACGAAACUGGGGAAUUUAUUUAUAAAGUUAUUUAAUCACGCAGUUAUACAUAUUUAUAUAUGAAAAAGCCUUUCUGCAGUGGGAAAAAAAUUAUGAGACACAUGUACGGAUUGAAUAAAUGACGAUUUUAUAUUAAUACUAUA